CACCAACAAAACAACCUAAAUUUCCCAGAACAUGAUCACACUGCCAAGAUCAUACAGCAACAUCGAUGAGUAUGCGGGGGACUUGAUAGAAUUCAGCGAAACGCCCUUGGUCCGCCAGAUCACCGGUGAUAUCCACGUCAACGAUUCACUCAUCUACAAUGCAUGGGAAGCCCUACCCACCGACUGGACAUCCUGGUGGGCGUCAAUAUCAGACCAUCGAAUAGCUCAACAAGACUUGAUCGACAGCAUUGAAGAGCUGGACCCCUCAUCGCCACCAAAUGACGAAGCAGAUGAAGACAAACGACAUUUACCCUUACCAGACCGGCCAGAGUCGUUGUCUAAGUGGCUCAAGAAUGUCCAGUCUCUCGCACUUCCACGAGACCAACGUCCUGGCACUGCCACCAACCUACCAGAGAUCCUAUCAAGUCGCAUGAAACCCAAGAAGAUUGCAGAAGUCUCCACCGCUGUCAAAUACAUCCACAGCGUCUGCCAGACCAACAGCAUAACCCACAUCAUCGACACGGGCUCCGGCCAAGGAUAUCUCUCCGUAGCGCUAGCAUACCUCUUCCCAGAGCUCCACGUGUUAGCAAUCGACGGCAGCGAAUCCCAGAUUGCGGCCUCAAAAGCCUGCGCAGAUAGUCUGGGAAUCCCCCAGAGCAGGAUCCAGCACAUGCGGCGCUACAUUGACGGCACACCGCCGCUUGCCGAUGAGAUUGCCGUCUGGGCCGCAGACGAGAAGUGCAUGCUCGUUGGCUUGCACGCGUGCGGGAACCUCUCGGAGCAUAUGUUGAGAUACUUCGCCACUGUGCCGUUCAUCGUAUGUCUUGGCGCCGUUGGAUGCUGCUACAACCACAUCGUCCCGCGUUCUGCUGCUUGUCCUGAUGGAUUCCCCAUCAGUGCAAAGAUGCGCGCAAAAGACGUCACGCUGAGUGCCAUGGCGCUCAUGACGGGCUGCCAGGCGCCGAACAACUGGGAAAGGGCAGAUCCGAGUAAAAAAGAGUCGGUGUACUCGAAACGGCGCUUCUAUCGAGCCCUCCUAGAGAAGAUCUUCCACGAUAAAGGGAUAGAGCUCGACAAAGAGGACAGGCCUGUGUGGGGUGUGCGGAAAGGUGACAUGGCCAGUUUUACCACGUUCGCACGCAGAGCGAUGGCUUGUCUCGGCGUGGAAGAGAGCAAGAUCAGCGAUGCCGACCUUGUUGCUUAUGAGGAGAGGUAUCGAGGUCAAGAGGGCAAAGUAGCGAUUUUGUGGACGCUCAGUGUGCUGUGCUGCAAGGUGGUUGAAAGCGUGAUUGCCCUGGAUCGGUACUUGUUCCUGGCGGAGAACGGAGGGCAGAAUGUUGACGUUGUGCCGAUAUUUGAUUACAAGAUAUCACCACGGAACCUGAUGUUUGUGGCUGACAAGGGAUAGAUUGAUACAUCAAAUUGAGUAGACGAUUCACCGGCAGGAUUCGGUCUCAUGAAUACAAUAUAUUAAAGCCAA